AGACUGCAGGCUGGCUCUGUCUUAACCAAGCGCUGGAAAAUUAGAGAAUUACUCUGAGGUGUCUUGCUCUCUUCAAAGCUGGGUGAACCCCAGCACCAAGUAUCACAGCCAGUGUCUAGCCAGGGGGGCUGCAAAGCCUCCGGGUUCGGGUCCCCGGGUCCUCCCAGGGGAGGGGCGCGCGCGAGGGGGCGGGGCUCCCCGGCCGUCCCGCAGGCCUCCACCGCCCCGCUCGCGGCCGCCGCUAGGGGGCGAGCUCCGACCCCGGUCGGCCUAGCGGCGGGGCCCGGGAGCUCCCAGCGCGGACUUGGGGCCACUACACGGGAGGCAGCGGGGAGGCCUGACGGGAGGCGGGGACCACGAGGCCUCGGCGGGGACAGCGGGCCCUACUCGGGCGGGUGGCGGGAGGGGGCGCUGCGGGCCCGGCCGGCCGCGGCGUGAAGGAAGGGCCGUCUUCGCCGCCUCAGCCGCCUGAGGUGCGCCGCCGGGCCACCUCACCGGGCGGGCCGCGAUGUCGUCCCGGUCGGGGCGCGACGAUGCGGGGACCGGGGGAGUGCGGCGGCCGCGGGAGCCGGCCGAGCAGGAGCUGCAGCGGCGCCGGGAGCAGAAGCGGCGGCGGCACGACGCGCAGCAGCUGCAGCAGCUCAAGCACCUGGAGUCCUUGUGAGUUCCCGCCGCCCCCGCUCCUCCGAGAGGCGCUGGGUCGCGUUAUGAAAAACCUCCUCCUGGGCUUAUCAAGGAAGCUGAGACUAAGCCAGAAGACUGUAUAUCAGAUGUACCAGGCAAUGAAAAUGCCAGGGAAUUUCUGGCUCACGCACCAACAAAAGGACUUUGGAUGCCACUGGAGAAAGAAGUCAAAGUUAUGCAGUGUUGGCGGUGUAAACAGUAGGGUCACCGAACAGGCAACAAAGAAUGCCCUUUUUUUAUCAAAGGCAACCAGAAGUUAGAACAGUUCAGAGUAGUAAGUAGAACCCCACCUUGUCAAUUUACAUUCCUCAAAAAUAGUAGAUAUUAAUGAAACAGGCAGUAAUCAGUGAACUGGAAGUUCACGUAAAAUACAUUCACAGAAGCUUUUUCGCCAGAGUAUCUGGUGUUGACUACAUCUCUUAUUAAAUUACAUUUGUGUGACAGUUAACAAAAAACUAAGUUUUUAUUAAAGUGUAUUUGUUUAUACUUUGGGAAUGAUUCUUUUUCUAAAGCAGACUUUGUUAAUUAUUCAAUCACUUGUUUUAACUUAUAUAAAAACUCAUGUUUCAUGAGUUUUCAUGAGGGUUUUUGUUUCCCAGUCUUUAAAGACUAGAUGUCUUUAAGUUAUAAGCUAGA